GACAGAAUAUGACGUCAUUGUCAAAGUACUUUCCGGGCUCUUUACACGUCUGAGAGAGGCAAGCAGGUGGAAUUAAUUAGAAAUACUAAUUCACUAGUCAUAAAUAUGCGUGAAUGUAUCAGUAUCCACGUUGGCCAGGCCGGCGUUCAGAUUGGGAACGCCUGCUGGGAGUUGUACUGUCUGGAACAUGGAAUCCAACCGAACGGACAAAUGGCCACAGACAAGAAAAUCGGAAAAGCUGACGACUCAUUUGACACUUUCUUCAGCGAGACCUCGUCUGGAAAACACGUCCCUCGGGCUGUGUUUGUUGACCUUGAGCCUACAGUCGUCGAUGAAGUCCGAACAGGAAAAUACCGACAACUGUUCCAUCCGGAAUACCUCUUGACCGGAAAGGAGGACGCGGCAAACAACUACGCCCGAGGACAUUACACCAUCGGGAAGGAGUACGCCGACCCCGUUCUGGAUCUUGUUCGGAAGUUAUCUGACAAUUGUUCCGGACUUCAAGGUUUCCUGAUAUUCCACAGCUUUGGAGGAGGAACUGGUUCUGGCUUCGCGUCCUUGUUAAUGGAACGUCUGAGCGUUGAUUACGGCAAGAAGUCAAAAUUGGAGUUUGCGGUAUAUCCCGCGCCGCAGGUGUCCACCUCUGUUGUGGAGCCCUACAACUCAAUCCUCACUACCCAUACCACUUUGGAGCAUUCCGACUGCGCUUUCAUGGUCGACAACGAGGCUAUCUAUGACAUCUGUAAACGUAACCUCGACAUUGAGAGCCCGUCGUAUAUCAACCUAAACAGGAUCAUCAGCCAGAUUGUAAGCUCCAUAACAGCCUCACUCCGGUUUGACGGAGCCCUGAAUGUAGACCUUAACGAAUUCCAGACCAACCUGGUCCCUUACCCUCGUAUUCACUUCCCCUUAGCAACCUACGCUCCAAUUAUUUCUGCAGAAAAGGCUUACAACGAACAGUUGGGAGUAGGUGAAAUCACUACAGCCUGUUUUGAACCCCAAAACCAAAUGGUGAAAUGUGACCCUCGAAACGGGAAAUACAUGGCGGUCUGUUUGCUUUACCGAGGUGAUGUCGUGCCGAAGGAUGUCAAUAAAGCCAUUGGAACCAUCAAGACCAAACGAUCAAUCCAGUUCGUAGACUGGUGCCCAACAGGCUUCAAGGUCGGAAUCAACUACCAACCUCCAACUGUAAUCCCUGGGGGUGAUCUGGCAAAAGUACAAAGAGCCGUCUGCAUGUUGAGUAACACAACAGCUAUCUCCGAAGCCUGGGGCCGUCUGAAUCACAAGUUCGACCUUAUGUACGCUCGCCGUGCCUUCGUCCAUUGGUAUGUAGGAGAGGGCAUGGAGGAAGGGGAGUUUGCUGAGGCCCGAGAGGACUUGGCUGCACUGGAGAAGGACUAUGAGGAGGUGGCUGCGUGUGAGGAGGAAGAUGACCAAGAAGAAUAUUGAAUUUAGAAACUAUUGGCAAUAUUGCAGGGAUUCGUUUAAAGACAUAUGUUAUAAAAUGCUAAACACCAUGGAUACCAAGACCAUUGGCCGUAGAUCGUUCCAUAAGUAAUGGUAGUAAACAAUAUAAGACAUGGAAUUUUCCCUGAGAUUAUUCAUUUUAAAUUGACACUACAUCAGAGGCCGUACUGUGGAGAAGGCGGUUAUAUUUAGUGUGGAACUAGAUUCUACGUCAAACCCCUUCAGCUUCCAAACUCCGUGAAUAUGAGGAAAAACCGCCGAAAACGAAUUAAAGAUAAAGUAAUGUUUCCAAACAUAAAUAAGGUGGACUGUAACAGAUCAUAAAUCUGCUAAAGAGCCAAUAAAUGUCCUUUUAUAAACACUGCAACACUAUUUGAAAUGGUAUUAGAUUAACUUGCAUAUAAUAAAACCUACUGUAAAAGUCAUAAAGCUUCACAUUGUUAAAGUCUGUUAAACUUACAAUAAAAAAUUAUUGUCUACUGAACCAAAUCAGCGUAUGAAUAAAAUUUGUAUGUAAAGU